AUGCAUCGGGGUCAGUCGGCUGUACGACAGAGUCUAAAUGACUGGAAGUACACCUUGUCCCGUUACGGAAGAAACCCUCGUUCGAGAGCUGCUUAUGCAACAUUACCUCAAAAGAUUCUUACUUCGAUAUUAAUUGCUAAUCGUGGCGAGAUUGCAUUACGUGUUGGGAAGACCGCGGCUCUGUAUGGCAUUAAAACGACAACAAUCUACACAGAUCCAGACGCCAAGUCACAGCAUGCUCUCAGUUCGCCGUAUGCAAUCAAUCUUGGGCAUUCUUCGGCAUAUCUUGAUGGCGACAACAUCAUCGCAGUAGCCAAAGACAACGGUUGCGUUGGCAUUCACCCAGGAUAUGGAUUUGUUAAUGAUGGUUACCACCAAAUGCAUUGA